AUGAUUGAGAACAUUGUUAAGAAGCGCGCGACGAGCGACGAGAAGCACAACAACGCACUACAAUAUAUGCUGGACCAGAGCAACAGGACACAAAAGAUCAUCAAAUUCAUUGUUGAAUGGCUUGCCAAAGCUCGCGAAGAAGUUCGUGCAACUGCAGUUAAGCAUGCCCCGAACCCUAGUGCGCCACUGCGGUUUCAGCUUGACGACGUGCCGCUUGAAGCCUGGGAGGCAGAAUUCCCUGUUGUCAACCUAUGUAUGAAGGACUCUAUCCGUCUUAACCUUCUUAGUACAGCCUUGCAGAAGAACAUUAACUGCCGCCCUCUCCCAACAGAUAACGGCAUGGAAGUCAUUCUUCCCGACGCUGUCGUCACAUACGCAACAGCCAAUGUCCACCAGGACCCGUCCAUUUACCCCAAUCUCUUAGUUUGGGACCCAGCGCGCUACUUGACUGACCGUGAAGAAGACAAGAAUGGGCACUCAGCGUGUAAGCCGAAAGAUCCCCCGUAUUUGAGGGUCCGUGUCAGGGAGAAAUAGGCAGGUGAUUGUUGUACCAGUGGGCAUUUGUUUGCAUAGCUGGCGUCAUCAACAUAUAAAGCGAGGUUUGAACACAUAGGCGUGCAUUGGAG